AUGGGUAUACGGUUGCUGAUGGGAGGUAUAGUAGGUCAAGCCAUGAUGUUGAGUUUGAAGAUGAGAUCAGUGGAGUUAACAUUGGCCCAAUGGACUAGUUCCCUGGGGCUGUACACCUGCGCACACAGACCCCAAUGGGAAUUAGAUAUCCAUGUAGCGGUUAGAUGUGAUGAAAAGCAGGAGCAUCCGCUUGCAAGAACAUAUAGGAUGAGAUCAUUACCGAGCUACAACGACUUGGAACUAAUAUUUGCUAAUCCAGUCCAAGGCGAAGAUGUCAAAGGUGAUGAGACUAAGGCGAGCCAGGCGCAGAGUUGUGAUCAAAGUGAAAGCGAAGAUGGAUACAAAGACACAUUCCAGAUGGUGGUGCAUGCCGGCGUAGAGAAAGAUGAUUACCUCUGUAGCAGCAGUAGUGGUCCUACUUGGACACCGGUCAUGGACCGAUGUCUUAUUGAUCUUAUGCUUGAGCAGGUGAACAGAGGAAACAAGGUUGGUGAGACAUUCACAGAACAAGCGUGGGCAGAAAUGGCGGAAUCCUUCAAUGCAAAGUUCGGUUUGCAGGCUGACAUGUUUACGUUGGAGAAUCGUUACAUAUUGAUGAUGAAAGAGCGUGAUGACAUCAACAACAUCCUUAAUCUUGAUGGCUUUGUUUGGGAUGGAGAGAAGCAAAUUAUUGUUGCAGAAGAUGAACAUUGGGAAGCUUAUAUUAAGGAACAUCCAGAUGCAACAAUAUAUAAAGGUAAAACAUUGGAUAGUUAUGUUGACUUGUGCAAGCUAUAUGAACAUCUCUCACACGAAGGAUUCAACUGCGAGAAUCUCAUGAUCGAGUUGGAUAACUAUGGCCAUGAGAUUGAUAUAGUUGAUGAUGACUUUAGUUCUUCUACACACAAGCAGCAGCAGCAGCAUAGUAAGAGAACCAACCAAACUCCAUAUCUCGGACGCAAGGCUCAGAAGACGGGAGUAGAGAUGAUGAGGAAGCCUCUUUGUGAGACAGAAGGUGAUGAUUACACGAGAAUGCAUAACGCAAUCGAUGCACUACAAGCUUUACCAGAGAUGGAUGAUGAGCUUCUACUGGAUGCUUGUGAUCUUUUGGAAGAUGAGAAGAAAGCAAAGACGUUCUUGGCUUUGGACGUCUCUUUAAGAAGGAAAUGGCUUGUGAGGAAGCUUCGUCCUCCUUCGAGAUAACGUUUAAAUAGAAUAGUGUGGUAAUCAAGUUAGAGAUUAUAUGCAGAAGUUUUGUGACUCUUUAAUGUAACUAUGAAAAUAAACAUCCUUAUUCAUUAAGUAGCCUCCAAGGAUUAAAGAGUAAAAACACACCAAUUUAUUACAUUAUUAGUUUCGAAUCUUCAUCAAACGAUCAGACCAAACAAGAAAAACACAAACCAGAGAUCGGAUUUGAUUUGAUUUGAGAUUAGGAGAUAACGCGGCCAACGACGGGAUACUUAGCUUCAAACUUCUUCUCCCAAUCAUUAAGAGUGUUCAUCUCUUUCUCCGUGAGACCUUCGAGAGAAGGAGAGACGUCUUCUUCGUUCUUGCUCAUCUUCCCCAAGGCUCUGCUCGCGUCUUUUCCCGCGAAUAUCGCGUAAUCGCCUCCGGGACCGUAGAAGGAUUUGCCGGUGGUGACGUCGAAUACUCGGCCCUUGAUCGCUACGUAGAUCGGCUUCGAUGAGUCGGUGCCGUUGUAUUGGCUAAGCUGCUCUGCCGUGAACUCCAUGUUUUUUUUCUCUCUCACGGAAUCGAAUUUUUCUGGAAAGAUCCAAAUGGUAAGAGUG